AUGAAAGGUCUACCGUCUUGCAGCGUGAUCCUCAUGGGAAAUCCUGGUGCCGGCAAGAGCGCGAUCCUCAACGCUCUCGGAGGUGAUUUUGUCAGCGGAUUCUCCUUUAUCGUAGGAAACCCGGGCUCCUCGAGGCAAACCGUCACGAUCGGAGAGAAGACCCUUGAGUUGAUCGACCUACCAGGAAUCGCGGAUGCCGGCGGCGGGGACACAAUCUCCAACAACCUCAAGACGCUACAGGACACGUUGAACGGUUGCGGACAGGCCCUGCUCUUCUUUGUCAUCAAGCCCAACAACGGACGGAUCGCACCUGAGGACUUUGCCGUCUUGAAGACCUUGCUCACGAAACUCUCUAUGAGCCCCAGGAUCGGCCUCUUUGUGACCCAAGUCAGGGAUGACCAUAUCACCCUCCUCGACACGGAAAAUUACCGCAAGACUGUCUUGCAGAUGCUGAAGGACAGCGGCGUCGACACUCUGCAUCUGGAAGCGAAUCGAUGGUCCAUCUUGCGGCAGCAUCAAGAGAAGGGAUUUACCCAGCAAGAGAAGAGGACUAUUCAAGACUAUGUCUGUUCUUUUGUCCCAGGAAAAGUCAGAGUGGAGAAUCUCUGGGAGAGGAUCUUUAGACAGAUCGUCUCCUUUUUCCAGUCACUUUUUGGAAUUUGA